AUGGACUCCCCAAUACCUGCAGUCAAGAGGAGGGCCUGCGUGGCGUGCACGGCUGCCAAGGCGAAAUGUAUGCCGCAGACCCUCAACCUAUGCCAGCGGUGCGCUCGUCUGGGCAAGUCAUGCACUUACCUUGAUCUUCCGCAGACGAAGCGGAAGCACAAGGCUGCACCGAGCCGUAACCGCGUGGAGGUACUAGAGAAGAAGGUCGACCAGCUGAUGUCGCAGCUGGCUGCCUUGACCCGACAGAACGAGCACAUAUCGCCCAAUACGUCGAAUACACUCACCAACGAACUGGGCUCAUCGCAUGAUCCCGAGCCGGAAUCACCAGCCAUUGCGGAGCUGUUAGAGGAUGCUGAAAACCCCUCCCACGGCCCUGAUCCGCCGACGAUCUCUGCUCUAGAGGGCCAGCCGUCUAUCGUAGAUCGAGGGCUUUUGAGUGAAUCCGAGGCUGAGCUCUUGGUUACGACCUUCCAACUUCACUUAAUGCCAAAGUUUCCCUUUGUGUUGAUUUCACACGGCGAGACAGCCGCCAGUCUUAGGAACCGGGAGCCUUUUCUCUUCUUAUGCAUCGUGGCCGCGACAAUGGGCAGUGCGCAUCCUCUGCGCCCAACUGUCACCGAGGAGAUUAUGAAUCACGUUACGUUGAGAAUCGUGGCGCGAUCCGAGAGGAAUCUCGAGUUGCUCCGCGGUCUGUUGGUGCACAGCGCAUGGUACUCAUAUCCUGCAGAGCGAUAUCACCGGCGACUCCUGCUGUUGAUUCAGUUUUGUGUUUCUACUCUAUACGAUUUGGGGCUUCAUAAAAAGCCUAGUCUAAGUUCGGAUGAGCAGCGGGCGCUGCUUGGUACGUAUUGGCUUUCGGCUAGCUUCGCCGGUAUGUUCGGCCGGCCGAGUAUCACGAGGGAAGAUAGUCGGACCAACGAAUGUAUCGAGGGUAUAGCAUCUACCGAGCAUCAGUCUGAUCGAUGGAUUGCGCCUUUCAUCCACCUCCAGUCUUUCUUGAAAACAAUGGAUGAAGUCUACGGUUCGAUGCCAACAAGCGGGGGGAGGGUGCUCGUUCAAGUCACGCGCAGCUCGCUGCAGCGACAAUUCGAUAGCGUGAGGGCAUGUGUAGAAAGAGAUGUCUCAAAGUGCCCUUUGUCAACAGUGAAUGCAAUCCGCACUGAAAUAAAAUAUGCGGAAAUCCGGCUCGAGGAACUAUCUCUUCAGAAGGAGCUGUGGAUUGCAGAGCCUGCCAGCGCAGUCCGGACAGUCAUGCUGAUGGGUAUCAUCGAGCGAAGCAAGGAGCUUAUUCACACGAUCAUAAACCUACCAGCGUCCGAGAUCUCCCAAAUUACAAUAACCACAUGCGCUCGUACAUGUACCGCAGUGGGCUUCAUACCCACAACAGUAUUGACCCUUCUCCAUCUCAUUACUGGUCCGAACGACACCACCAUGGAACCCACGGUGCAGGCCGUUGUUGAUAUGGCAGAUUAUCCCAAUCUUGUUAGAGAGCUUGCCGGCGCGCUGGAGACGAGAAUUGAGGGAAUGUCUGCCGCAGAUAAAGAGACGGAUAUUGUGGGCAGCCUUUGCUCUAAAAUGCGGCUGCUAGCUCGUUGUUAUCCAUACCAAGUCAGGGAAAUUGUUGGAAAUGUGCCGUCCCAAGAUGCAAGGCAGGAUACGUCCAUGAUGGCAGUUCCCGGCAAUGAGGCUGCUAUGACACCCCAAGUCUGGCCGUCUAUCUCCGGCGAUUUGGAUGAGAUAUUUCCUGUCGACGACAUCCAGUGGGAUUCUCUACUGAGCACUUUCACUGGUCCUAGUCAGCAGAUCUGA